AUGGAUCCAACGAUAUGCGAAGUCUCCAACUCCCACGGUUAUCUUCGGAUCGCCUUCUGCGGUUUCUUGGGCCAGUUGGAGAGUACCGGUACCCACGGCGACCGACCCCGAGAGACCCCCCUCUACGCCCGUGUCAAGGGCCGCCUUCUCGUGUGCGUCCCCCCGGAUCCCGCUACGCUGAUCACGUCGUCAACCUGGGCGACGCGGGGAUGGACCUACCAGGAGGGGCUGCUUGCACGCCGUCGCCUCUUCUUCACGGAUCGUGAGAUGUCGUACGAGUGCCGCAACCUCCUCUGCCGCGAGGCCAUCCGCCUACCAGCCCAGGUAGAACGGGGGUUGAAGGAGAUACACCUGGACUUAUUCAGCUGGAUCUAUAACAGGCAGGCAGUGACCGACCCAAGAACCCGCUUCAACAGCAUUUUCAACGUCCUGGCCGAGUACACUAGUCGGCGGCUGACGUACCAGUCCGAUGCGCUCAACGCCAUGCUAGGCAUCUUCCAGAUUUUUGCCGAUCGCGAACGGAACCCGACGUACUAUAUCUGCGGCGUGCCCGUCCUAUCCCAGGAUGACAAGAUCGACAGGGACAUGAGCUGGCAACCGCUAGUCGGCUUCAUCAACGGACUAACAUUGUUGAGCAAGCGGCCGGCCAAGCGCCGGCCCGGUUUCCCUAGCUGGUCUUGGACAGGCUGGGAGGGCGUGGUGAGGCACUCCAUGUCUGGUAUUCACCAAAUCUCUUUCUCCUAUGGAUUCGCUGUGGACCUGUCUUUCGUGCUCGCAGACGGGACCGCGGUGAGCUGGGACGAGUACUAUAACCAUCUGCUGGGAGGCCACUCCGCCAAUGAGAUACGAUCCGACGUCUAUUUUAAGCAGAACCUCGGGCUCGAAAUUACUGCUGAUGUCGUCACUGCCCGUUUCCGCGAGGACUUUGCUCCUCGUCCUAGGCAUGAGUUCAAAGGCAUUGUGAACUCUGGCAACGGCGUGUGGGAGGGAGAAUUCUUUCCGGACCGGAAGGAGUGCGCGUCUUCUCCCUCAACGGAGUCAGGCGAGGGCGACUAA